UAACGUACAAAAGGCACAGAUAAGUUCUGCAGGAUUGGAUGGUUGGAACUGUGAACUGGAUCGCACGGCUCUGCAUCCUAGCAAAACCGGGCUUGGGGUUCGGGGAAAAAUUGUUAUCGGCAAGGCUCCCUGACCCCAGUCAUCCGAAGGAGCGAUGGAUGCUAAGAUAACUUCAAACGCCACUCCCCAUCACUCGAACUACAGGCUAUAGUGAACUUCAUCAUCCCAGGAGACAUCCACUCCGAGCAUCGAAACUCUAGAUUCCAAGCCCGCAUGCUGCCCGAACGCUGAGAACAACUGAAUCGCCCAUUCCACGAUGCAGCAGCAGUUGACCAUUCGACCAGCCGCCCGGAAUACCAAGACACGCCGCAAGAAAGUCUGUUUAACGUGUCAACGACGCAAGAAGAAGUGUGUGGGGUCUACACCACGGUGCGAAACAUGCAGGCUCGGUGACUGGCGGUGCGAGUGGGGGCCGAAGAACAGCAGCCUGGCUCCAACUCGAGAGAAGCAACAGCUAGCAUCAAGGAAAGCACCUACUCCAGCUCCAUUGUUAUCAGUUCAAAACGGAUUGGCUUGCGAACUGACGCCGGACUCCUUCCAGUUGCUACAGUACUACACGAAUGUGACAGGAGUGCUGUUGCAAGACUUCCCCCAAACUACUUCGUUAAAUCCGUUCGUCGAUGUAAUCCUUCCUGUAGCUUAUGAUGAUGACCUGCUGAUGCACACGCUCUUGGCUAUCAGCGGCACACACCUGUCAUACUCAUACAAGGUUGCCGGAGUAUCACCAUUCGCAUAUGCAACUUACAAGCACUAUGCGCAUGUGCUACGGGAACUGCAGAGAGAUGUCGAUACCCUCGUUCGUCGGGAUGUGAGCCACGUCGUCCGUCUUCUUGUGCUGCUAAAUUUUCUGGCUAUCUAUGAGGUCUAUUCCGGAUCGCCAUACGCAGCAUUGAUAGUCCAUCUUCGCGGGUUGACGCAAUUAUUCUGCCAACUACGGACCGAGGUUCAUGAUAUCUCUUCUCUGCCAGAGGAAACUCGGGAUUUAGCAAGUUACGCAUACGAGAACUUCAAUUACUUGACACUUUCCAACCUGUUUAUUCCUUACCCGCAUCAGUCAGAUCUGGUUGAUCUUCUCUCGCUUGCAUCGUCUGGGCUUACAAUGGACCAUGAGCCUGUGACUGCCAUGCUCCGUGCUGACAAAGUGCUGCUUGCGUCAAUCCCGCGAGCCUGUGCACUGUUCGUCCGUCGCAUUGCGGAACAAUCUGCGGGAGAGAUCAAACCCACCGCUGCAUUCAUGACCGAGUACACGGACUUGAGCUCUACCAUCGAGAGCUGGGACGCAUCGAUCGCCAUAAUUGAGUUAGACGAAGACACUGCUACAAACCCUUCUUAUACCUCCCACAAGUCGAAGACUUACUUGGUGAGCCGAUUGUUGCAACACGGCCUUCGGAUAUACAUCUUGACAGCGUUCAUGGGCAAUCUACCUAUACCAUCACCCGCGAUCGAGGAUGCUAUCGAGCUUGAGGUCGAAGCUCUUGCAAAUGUACAUCGAAUUCUUGCUAAACAGGGGUGGAAUGUUGCUACAUGGGCUCAUUUAGCAGCCGUAACUUGUUUUCGAACGGAUGCUCUUCGCGAGGAGUUCGUUGCCUUGAUGAAGACAUCUAAUCACGCGCGUCAUUUCGGACUUAUUCGAGAAGCGUUGGAGCUUCUAUGGAAGGAGCAAAAGCACGACCCAAAAGCUUUUGGCCCGUACGGUUUGAUGCGCAUUCUCGAAAAGUACAACAUGAGCUUUUGUCUGUCGUAA